AGAUCGCACUUGUACUCACACUGCACCAACUUCACACCGGAGCCUUUGGGAUCUGAGCAAUAAUUGUGUCUAUUAUGGAUUCCAUUGAAGUAAACUUCAGCAUGCAAAGCCACACAGAGGCAAAACAAGGUGUUCACACGUAUGUUGCUCAGUGGCCAAUUUCGUCUCUAGCAUGGUCGAUGCGUCGCGACAAAAGCCCUCGCCUUGCCAUUGGUAGUUACUUGGAGGAUUACACCAACAAGGUUGAACUUGUCCACUUCAACUGCGACACCUUCAAUUUCAGCACCGACCCUCGUCUGGUGUUUGACCACCCUUAUGCACCCACCAACAUCAUGUUCUUUCCCUCCGAGGAUGACACCAACCCAGACCUCAUUGCCACCUCAGGCGACAACCUUAGAUUGUGGGAAAUCCACGAAGACCACAUUCAACUCAAGUCCCCGCUGAUCGGUAACAAAGUCAGUGACCACUCCGCAAUUACCUCGUUUGAUUGGGCCGUGUUUGACACUCGCCUCAUAGCCACUUCUAGCGUGGACACCACAUGCACCAUCUGGGACAUCGAGAGGGAAGUCAUGAAGGCACAGCUAGUGGCACAUGACAAAGAAGUGUACGACAUUUCGUGGGGCGGGUUCAAUGUGUUUGCUUCCGUGUCGGGCGAUGGUUCUGUGAGGGUGUUUGACUUACGAGACAAGGAGAAAUCUACCAUAAUUUAUGAAAACCCUGUGCAGGAUUGUCCCCUGCUGCGAUUGGAAUGGAACAAGAGUGAUCCAAGAUUUAUGGCCACAGUGGGAUUGGACAGCAACAAGGUGGUGAUAUUGGAUAUCAGGCUUCCGACAACACCGUUUAUGGAGUUGAGUAAACAUCGAACAUGUGUGAAUGCGAUGUCAUGGUCCCCUGAUUUUGGACGACAUUUGUGCUCUGUCGGCGAUGAUGCAAGAGCCUUCAUCUGGGACGUUAUGGACUCGAGGUUUCCAUCACGGAAUGGUUGUGAAGUGGAGCCGGUGAUGUGGUACGGUUCACCGGCUGAAAUUAAUCAGGUCCGUUGGUCCCCGAUGCAGGUGGAUUGGAUUGCGCUUGCUUUCUUCAACAACUUACAACUACUCAAAGUGUAGCUUUUGUUUCAUUUAUGCGUCGAAUGAAACUUGAUAAUAAUGCUGCUACAAAAGCAAAGUUCUGAUUUUUGAACAUCAAUUUUAAACAUUUUGUAUUCAUUUGAGAUGAAGGUGUCAAAAGGUUAAAUUUUUGAGAAAAAGUCAAUAAUUUCCAGAAUAUCACUU